AUGGCUACCUUCUCCACAGCACAACCGCUCUCUCUGCCACGUCAUCCAAAUGCGAAUCAACAAACCACCACCAAUAACGAACGCUCCCGCCACACAAUAUCUCUGAUCGACCGAUGUACAAACCUUCGACAACUGAAGCAAACCCACGCUCACAUGAUCCGUACCGGUACUAUUGCUGAUCCUGACUCAGCUAGCAAGCUCUUCGCAAUCUCUGCGCUCUCUUCUUUCGCAAGCCUCGAGUAUGCACGCAAGGUGUUCGACGAAAUUCCUCAACCAAACUCUUUCACUUGGAACACCCUUAUCCGUGCUUACGCUUCUGGACCAGACCCUGUUCGUAGCAUCUGGGUUUUCUUAGAUAUGGUUUCGGAGAGCCAGUGUUACCCGAAUAAAUACACGUUCCCUUUCCUUGUCAAGACCGCUGCAGAAGUUUCGUCUUUGUCUUUGGGUCAAUCUCUUCACGGGAUGGCGAUUAAGUCAGCCGUUGGAUGUGAUGUUUUCGUUGCUAAUUCUUUGAUACAUUGUUACUUUUCUUGCGGGGAUUUAGAUUCGGCUUGUAAAGUGUUUACUACGAUCAAAGAGAAAGACGUUGUUUCGUGGAAUUCGAUGAUUAAUGGGUUCGUGCAAAAGGGUUCUCCUGAUAAGGCUUUGGAGCUUUUUAAGAAGAUGGAGUCAGAGGACGUUAAGGCUAGUCAUGUGACAAUGGUUGGUGUCUUGUCUGCUUGUACAAAGUUACGGAAUCUAGAGUUUGGAAGGCAAGUUUGUUCUUUUAUUGAAGAAAACAGGGUUAACGUGAACUUGACAUUGGCUAAUGCGAUGCUUGAUAUGUAUACAAAGUGUGGAAGUAUAGAGGAUGCAAAAAGACUGUUUGAUGCAAUGGAGGAGAAAGAUAACGUCACAUGGACAACAAUGCUUGAUGGGUAUGCCAUUUCAGAAGACUACGAAGCAGCUAAAGAGGUUCUUAACUCUAUGCCUAAGAAAGAAAUUGUUGCUUGGAAUGCUCUUAUAUCCGCUUAUGAGCAGAAUGGUAAACCUAAUGAGGCACUGUUAGUGUUCCAUGAGCUGCAACUUGAGAAGAACAUAAAGCUGAACCAGAUCACCCUGGUAAGUACUUUAUCAGCUUGUGCCCAGGUUGGGGCACUUGAAUUAGGUAGAUGGAUCCAUAGCUACAUCAAAAAGCACGGCAUUAGGAUGAAUUUUUAUAUUACAAGCGCACUGAUUCAUAUGUAUUCGAAAUGUGGAGAUCUUGAUAAGGCCCGUGAAGUGUUUAGUUCUGUAGAGAAGAGAGAUGUGUUUGUGUGGAGUGCAAUGAUUGGUGGUCUGGCGAUGCACGGAUGUGGAAAUGAAGCUGUUGAUAUGUUUUAUAAAAUGCAAGAGGCGAAUGUAAAGCCAAAUGGUGUGACCUUCACCAAUGUAUUCUGUGCUUGUAGCCAUACCGGUUUGGUGGAUGAGGCUGAGUCGUUAUUCUACAAAAUGGAAACGAGUUAUGGUAUUGUCCCUGAGGACAAGCAUUACGCUUGCAUAGUUGAUUUCAUAGAGGCGAUGCCAAUUCCUCCAAGCACUUCUGUCUGGGGAGCGCUUCUAGGAGCUUGUAAGAUCCAUGCCAAUCUGAGUCUUGCUGAAAUGGCUUGUACACGUUUGCUUGAACUGGAACCUAGGAACGAUGGCGCGCAUGUGCUCCUAUCAAACAUAUAUGCUAAAUCUGGGAAGUGGGAAAACGUUUCUGAGCUGAGGAAGCAUAUGAGAGUCACUGGACUGAAAAAAGAACCAGGAUGCAGCUCAAUUGAAAUCAAUGGCAUGAUCCAUGAGUUUCUCUCUGGAGAUAAUGCUCACCCGAUGUCUGAGAAGGUAUACGGGAAGUUACACGAGGUUAUGGAGAAACUGAAAUCGAAUGGUUACGAGCCAGAGAUGUCACAGGUUCUGCAGAUCAUCGAGGAAGAAGAAAUGAAGGAACAAUCUCUGAAUCUCCACAGCGAGAAGCUGGCUAUCUGUUAUGGACUGAUAUCAACAGAGGCUCCAAAGGUGAUCCGAGUUAUUAAGAACCUAAGGGUGUGUGGAGAUUGUCAUUCAGUUGCUAAACUAAUAUCUCAGCUCUAUGAUAGAGAAAUAAUAGUGAGGGACAGGUAUCGGUUUCACCAUUUCAGAAAUGGGCAGUGUUCUUGUAAUGAUUUCUGGUGAAAUAUCAGAUUUACUAGAAGAAACUCGGUCAAGUUUUGUGUGUUGUUCCUGUAACGUUUUGCGACUUGGACCUCCUCUCCAGCGUUAAUACAAAUGUUACAUAUACCAAAAACAUCAUCUUCUCUUUGUGUAUGUAGAUAGCUUCAGGACUUUGUAAUUACUGAAGUCAAAACCACUAAAUCUCUGUGUU